UUCCAGUAUAUAUCUUUUAUGGGAGGAAAGAGGGGGGUACAUCCCAGUUUCCGAACCAAUAGCCUUUCACUCGGUCACUCUUUUGGUGUCUCAAACGAAACUUGACAAGGAGGGGCCUCUCACUCGUCUCUAUAAAAACUGCCGAGCGUUCGACUAGCAGCUCAAACCACUAGCUUCUUUGAACACGAGGAGUCAACAGAGCAAGCUCACCGAGAAGCAGUCUAUCCACGCUGAACCACACGUUUCUUUGCCACAUCAAAACAAAAUUCGGGUACGAAGCAGAACGUUGGUGUUUUAAAACCCUCACAAUUGAAAAUUAUUGGUGUAAGAUCGCGGAACCCAGACAAGAGGAACAAUGGCUGGUCUAAUGUCGAAUGCGUCAGCUACCAACAAAGCGGUGCUGGAUCGCUAUAUGAGACUCCCGCAGCCAGAUGACAAAGUCAUGGCCACAUACAUCUGGAUCGACGGAACUGGAGAAUACGUCCGUGCAAAGACGAGAACCAUCGAUUUCCUCCCCAAGAGUCCUUCUGAAUUGCCGAUUUGGAACUACGACGGUAGCUCUACCUACCAGGCUGAAGGCAGCAAUUCGGAUGUCUACCUGUAUCCAGUGGCCAUCUACCGCGAUCCGUUUAGCUUGGGCAACAACCGAUUGGUCCUCUGCGACACUUACAAAUACAACAAGAAACCGACGGAAUCGAACCAUCGCAAUUCCUGUUUGGAGGCCAUGAAAUUGGCUGCUGAAUUCGAGCCCUGGUUCGGUAUUGAACAAGAGUACACCCUACUCGAUUCCGAUCUCCAUCCCUUCGGCUGGCCAAAAAACGGCUUCCCAGGGCCGCAGGGACCUUAUUAUUGUGGUGUUGGAGCCAACAAGGUUUUCGGCCGAGAUAUUGUCGAAGCCCAUUAUCGUGCUGCCAUUUACGCUGGGGUCAAUAUCUCCGGCACUAAUGCCGAAGUCAUGCCCGCUCAGUGGGAAUUCCAGGUUGGUCCUUGUGAAGGUAUUACCAUGGGUGACGAUUUGUGGAUGGCCCGCUACAUUUUGCAUCGCGUUGCCGAAGAUUUUGGCGUCAAUGUUUCGUUGGAUCCUAAGCCGAUGAAGGGCGAAUGGAAUGGGGCGGGAGCCCAUUGCAAUUUCUCCACUAAAGCAAUGCGAGAAGAAAACGGCAUUGCUGAAAUCGAGAAAGCCAUCGAGAAACUGUCUCGUUGCCACGUGAAACACAUCAAGGCUUACGAUCCCCAUGAAGGCAAGGACAACGAACGACGUCUGACCGGUCGUUGUGAAACUUCGUCUAUUCACGAUUUCUCUGCUGGUGUGGCUAAUCGCGGUUGCAGUAUUCGUGUGCCUCGUGGAGUGGCUGAAGAACGCAAAGGUUACUUGGAAGAUCGCCGUCCGGCUUCCAAUUCCGAUCCAUAUCAAGUUACCGAAGUCGUCGUCCGCACUACUUGUCUAGAACCAUAGACUAUCCUGAUAUUUUAGGCCCCAUUUUCAAUAUAUACGGGAAAGAAAAAGAGAACCAUCCAUUCCUUCUGUAUUCUGAAGGCGCAAGAAAACUACCGUGCCCUGUC